UCAUAGGAAUACUGGGCAGCGCAUGACGAAUCAGGAGAGUACCCGCAUGAGCUGCAUGCUGCACUGGCCAAAGAUGGUUGGAUUGGCAUUGCGCUACCAGAAGAGCUUGGAGGAUCAGGAUUAGGUUUUUCAGAAGCUACUAUGAUGUUGCACACGAUCUCGGAGAGCGGUGCUGGAAUGGCAGGUGCUCAGUCGAUACACGCAAAUGUCUACGCCACUCAACCUGUUGCCAAGUUCGCAACACCCGAGCAACGGCAACAAAUGCUACCCAAACUCAUCAAUGGAACCUGGCGAGCCUGUUUUGGUGUGACAGAACCAAAUACCGGUCUCGAGACUCUCAAACUUAGGACACAAGCUGUUCGAGAUGGCGACAACUACAAGAUCUCAGGUCAGAAAAUAUGGAUCUCAUCAGCACAAGUGGCCACAAAGAUGGUCCUUCUCGCUCGCACCACUCGACUCGAGGAAGUCACAAAACCAUCUGAGGGUCUUUCACUGUUUUUCAUUGACUUCGACCCAAAGCAGCCCGGCCUGGAGCUCAAACGAAUUAAGAAAAUGGGAGGGAGAGCUGUCGAUGCCAAUGAGGUUUUCUUUGACAACUACACGAUCCCCAAAGAUACUCUGAUUGGUAAAGAGGGACAAGGAUUCAAGAUUGUCCUUCAUGGUAUGAAUGCCGAGCGAUGUCUCCUUGCGGGUGAAGCCCUAGGCCUAGGAUAUGCUGCUCUUUAUCGAGCUUCAAAUUAUGCCAAGGAGCGAGUCGUCUUCGGCCGUCCGAUAGGAAUGAAUCAAGGAAUACAACAUCCUCUAGCCGACGCAUAUAUGCAUCUCGAGGCAGCGAAAUUGGCAACAUAUCACGCUGCGAGGUUGUACGAUCGUUCUACCACAGAUGAGAGUGUUACACAGGCGGCAGUUGGAGUUGCCUGCAAUAGUGCGAAGUAUCUUGCCGCCGAAGCAGCGUUCACUGCUUGUGAAAGAAGUGUGCUGAGCUUAGGAGGCAUGGGGUACGCACAAGAAUAUCAUGUAGAAAGAUAUCUCAGAGAGUGUUUCGUACCCAGGAUAGCUCCAGUAUCAAGGGAGAUGAUAAUGAACUACGUCGGGGAGAAAGUCCUCGGCUUGCCUAGAAGCUAUUGAAGCAUGACGGACAAGCAUCAAGUAGGGGGGAAAUGUCUGCUGCGAAUUUAGGCAUUCAUAGGGAAAUGAGACAUCAGAACU